CUUAAAUGCAGUUCCAGGCUUGCAAGGCACCCAGCCGCAGCACUCCCCGUGUGAGCAGGCAAAUGCAACAUGCUCUCCAGCCUGGGGUGUCUACUUCUCUGUGGAAGUAUUGCACUUGCUCUGGGAAAUGCACAGAAAUUGCCAAAAGGUAAAAAGCCAAGCCUGAAAGUGCACAUCAAUACCACCAGCGACUCCAUCCUCUUGAAGUUCCUGCGUCCAAAUCCAAACGUAAAGCUGGAAGGUUUUCUCCUGGGAUAUGGCAGCAACGUGUCUCCAAACCAGUACUUUCCUCUUCCUACAGAAGGGAAAUUCACAGAGGCUGUAGUAGAUGCAGAGCCGAAGUAUCUGAUAGUCGUGCGACCUGCUCCUCCUCCCAGCCAGAAGAAGUCAUGUUCAGGGAAAUCUCGCCCUCGCAAACCCCUCCAGCUGGUGGUGGGUACGUUGACACCGAGCUCUGUCUUCCUGUCCUGGGGGUUCCUCAUCAACCCACACCACGACUGGACGUUGCCGAGUCACUGUCCCAAUGACAGAUUUUAUACAAUUCGAUAUAGAGAAAAAGAUAAGGAAAAGAAAUGGAUUUUUCAACUCUGCCCAGCUACUGAAACAAUUGUGGAAAAUCUAAAGCCCAACACAGUUUAUGAAUUUGGUGUGAAAGACAAUAUAGAAGGUGGAAUUUGGAGUAAGAUUUUCAAUCAUAAGACUAUUGUUGGAAGUAAAAAUAAAGUAAAUGGGAAAAUCCAAAGCACUUAUGACCAGGUCCACUCAGUGCCAGCAUAUGUCCCAAGGAAGCUAAUCCCAAUAACAAUCAUCAAGCAAGUGAUUCAGAAUGUUACCCACAGGGCUUCAACCAAAUCCCCAGACAAGACUCCUUUCGGAGGAACAAUAUUGGUUCAUCUUAUUAUUCCGGGUCUUAAUGAUUCCACCGUGAAACUUCCCUCAUCCAUAAUGCUUGAGAUUUCGGAUGCUCUCAAGGCACAAUUGGCUAAGAAUGAAACAUUGGGUUUACCAGCAGAAUCUAAAACCCCAGAGGUUGAAAAAGUGGCUGGGCAGCCAGUAACGGUGACUCCAGAAACAGUUUCAAGAAGUACUAAGCCCACCCUGUCUAGCGCUUUAGACACUGCAGACACAGCACUGGUUCUCAGUGAGAAGACGCCAGAAACAGCACGCUCUGUUCUAAUACCUGAGUUUGAAUUGUCCUUGAGCACUUUAGCUCCAAAAGGGUUCCCAGAGUUUCCUGAGGCAAAAACAGCCUUCCCAUUGGAGAAACCUGGGAGUUCCUUGGCUUCAAGUGAAGAGCCACGGGUGGUACCUGGAUCUAAAACAUCUGAAGAUUCCAGAGUUGUACAGCCUCAAGCUGCAACUUAUGAUGUUGUCUCAAGCUCAACAACUUCAGAUGAGACAGAAAUAGAGCCUCACCCAGCAACAAGUGAUCCUAUUCUGGACUCUGUCCCACCUAAAACUUCUAGAACUGCUGAACAGCCAAGGGCAACACUGGCUCCAAGCAAAGCAUCAUUUGAAUCCCAAAAUGCAGAAAUCUUCACCAGUCCUGAAGUGCAACCUACAACAGCUGCUCCCCAGCAAACUACAUCUAUCCCCUCCACACCCAAACGACAGUCAACACCCAAACCGCCAAGAGUCAAACCUGCCCCAGAACCCGAGACUCGACCAUCUGCACACUCAACAAAGGCUCCACACAAGACCAAAAAACCAGGUCGCCGCCUCCGUCCUAAACCCACGCGUAGUCCAGAAGUACCCAAGUCCAAACCUGCUCUGGAACCUGCCACUGUACCACCGGAGAUCUUGGUACCCACAAUCGUUCCCAAACCACCCCAGAGACCUAAAGCCACACGCAGGCCAGAGGUACCCCGAAUCAAGCCUGCCCAUGAGCUGGUCGCAUUUGGAAGUGAAGCCCCUGCCCUAGCCAUAGUUACUACUACAGACAUUGAACCUGUAAUUACAAGAGCCAAGGCAUCAGUGACGACAUUAGCUCCCAAAACAUUACGACCAAGAAUUCGCCAUCGACGUCCCAAAUAUAAAAUCACCCCAAGCCCAAAAAUACCUCAGAUUAAACCAGCAGACGUGGGACCUAUUACUCCUGAGCCAUCUUUAGCUUCAACAACAAAAAAAGUUCGCCGUCCACGUCCCAAACCUCAAACCACUCCCCAUCCAGAAGUAUCUCAGACAAUCUUGGUUGCUGCUACAAGCCUUGAACCAGUUAUUAAAACUGAGGCUCCAGGGAUGACAUUAGUUCCCAAACUGCCUCAACAACCAGGCUAUCCUCAUCCCAAACCUAAAACCACAAGGAGUCCUGCAGCACCUCCAGCCGAACUGGUUCCUACUCCAGACUUUGAACCAGUUGCUCCUUUAAAAGAAGAUCCAGUGACCACAAUAGCUAGCAAAAUAUCACAAAGAACUCGCCGUCCACAGCCCAGACCUAAAGUCACACUGAGCCCUCAAGCACCUCAAACAAAAACUGUUCCUGCUGUAGUCCUGGAACCUGUCACUCUUAGACCUGAGGUCCAAGUAACAACACUAGAUCCCAAAAAAUCACACAGAAAAAAACAUCGUCCACGUCCCAAACCAAAGCCUAUACCAAGUCCUGAAGUACCUGAGUCUAAGCCAGUUCCUUCAAAAGAACGUGAACCUGUGACACUCAGAACUGAGACUUGGGUGACAACAAAAGCUCCCAAAACACCAAAACGAACCCGUCGUCCACGCCCCAAACCUCAAACCACACCAACUCCUGAGGCUCCUCUAACUAAACCUGUUGCUGCUACAGAUCUUGAACCCCGUGCUCUUAGCACCGAAGUGCCUGCGACCGUGGUUCUAGCUACAGCCCUUGCACCUGUCACUCUUAGGACCAAGGCUCCCAAGCCAACAACAUUAUCUCCUAAUGUACAGCGGACACGCCGUCCACGUCCCAGACCUAAAACCACAGCAAGUACUGAUGUGUCUGAGUCCAAGUCGGCUCCUACUGAACUGCAAACUCUUGUUUUGAAACCAGUGACCUCACCAAGCCUAGAAAUUACACAAAGUCAAUCUGUUUCUGAUGACCUGGAAUUGGUUGCAUUUAGUACUGAGACACCACAGAAGACAAUAGCACCAGCUGAAACAGAUUAUGUAGAUACCACCACCAAAGAACCUCUCAGGCCAGAGGAGAAGAGAACAGAAGUUGUGGAUUCUCUUACACAUGUGUCUGAGCUCCCCGAGUCUACACUAGUUACCAUAGAAACAUCACCUCUGUCUUCCCAAACUAUAAUCCUACCCAGACUAGACAAGCCUCAGACUGAACCUGCUUCCAGGCAGACAACCAGCACGCCUCCCAAGCUCAAAACACCACAAUCAAGAAUGCCAGCAAAAGAGCCAGUUCCUAAGGGAUCCCUGCAUACUACUUCAAAGCCAAAAAUGCCACCAAGUCCUGAAGUGGCAGACACUACAUCUGUUCCAAAAGAUGAACGACUUUCCCAUAAACCAGAUCUCGAGGUGUCUCACAGUGAAACUGUUCUGCCUCCUGUCACCUUUAGAGUUGAGCCACCAAAGACAACGAUAGCACCUUUAGAGACACGGGGCAUUCCCCUCAUACCUGUGAUUUCACCAAGACCUAGUCAAGAGGAACUACAAACCACCAUGGAAGAAACAGACCAGUCUACCCAAGAGCUCUUCACAACUAAGAUUCCACGAACAACUGAAUUGGCAAAGACAACUCAGGCACCACACAGAUUACACACGACUCCUGUGAGGCCCAGAAUACCUGACAGGCCACAUGGCAGGCCUGCUCUGAACAAAACAACUACAAGACCUGAUAAAACCAAAUCAAGAGGAAUGUCCCAUAAAAAUGGAGCAGGAACAGGGACCAAGCAAGCACCUAAGCCAUCAAGUACAGGGAGAAAUACGUCAGUGGACUCACAUGCCACAAGAAAACCAGGCCCAAUUCCAGGGACUCGUCGCCCACCCAUACCACAUAGACAUGCGUCCCCUAGACCUGUGUCUCCACAGAGAAAGCCUUUACCACCGAAUAAUGUCACUGGAAAGCCAGGAAGUACAGGAAUCGUUUCCUCCAGCCGGGUAACUUCCCCACCCGUGAAGGCAACACUCAAACCUAUUGGAACAGCCACAGAGAGACCAGGGGCAGAAAAAAAGCAACCAACUGCUCCUGCUUCAGAAGAAGAAUUUGGUAAUACAACUGACUUUAGUUCAAGUCCCACCAAAGAAACCGAUCACCUUGGAAAGCCUAGAUUCGUAGGUCCCCAUGUGCGGUAUAUCCCAAAGCCUGAGAACAAGCCCUGUUCCAUCACUGACUCCGUCAGACGGUUCCCCACAGAGGAAGCCAUAGAGGGGAAUGCCACCAGCCCACCCCAGAACCCACCCACCAACCUCACUGUGGUCACUGUCGAAGGCUGCCCCUCAUUUGUCAUCUUGGACUGGGAAAAACCUCUAAAUGACACUGUCACUGAAUAUGAAGUCAUAUCCAGAGAAAAUGGGUCAUUCAGUGGGAAGAACAAGUCCAUUCAAAUUACAAAUCAAACGUUUUCUACAGUAGAAAAUCUGAAACCAGAUACAAGCUAUGAAUUCCAGGUGAAACCCAAAAAUCCACUUGGUGAGGGCCCCGCCAGUAACACGGUGGCAUUCAGCACUGAAUCAGCUGACCCAAGAGUGAGUGAACCAAUUUCUGCAGGAAGAGAUGCCAUCUGGACUGAAAGACCCUUUAAUUCAGACUCUUACUCAGAAUGUAAAGGCAAACAAUAUGUUAAAAGGACGUGGUAUAAAAAAUUUGUUGGAGUGCAGCUAUGUAACUCUCUCAGAUACAAGAUUUAUUUGAGUGAUUCCCUUACAGGCAAGUUUUACAACAUAGGAGAUCAGAGGGGCCAUGGAGAAGAUCACUGCCAGUUUGUGGAUUCAUUUUUAGAUGGUCGCACAGGACAGCAACUCACCUCUGACCAGUUACCCACCAAAGAAGGCUAUUUCAGAGCUGUUCGUCAGGAACCUGUCCAGUUUGGAGAAAUAGGUGGUCAUACCCAAAUCAAUUAUGUUCAGUGGUAUGAAUGUGGGACCACAAUACCUGGAAAAUGGUAGAUGCAACAAAAUUACUUCCAAAGUACUUCUGGUUCAUUAUCGCAAAAAGAAACAAUAACAACAACAACAAAAAAAUUGGAAAUAAUGGUAUUUGUCACACCGAUUCAAAGCUAUUUUUGUUUACUAUGUGUAAGUUUGCAAUCUAACUGACAGCAGUACUAGAUGUUUAUUAUUAGGAAAGAUGACUGAGGCUAUUUAUCAGGUUUUACACAGUCAUUUUAAAAGCAGGAUAUUAACAUGAAUAGAAUAACAUUCAGGGAAGCUGGCUCCCUAUUCAUAUUCUAAGAGAUCAUUUGUAUAUUAUUUAUCACACUGUUGUAAUGUUUUCAGAUACUUUUAUAACAAAAUUGUCAAAAAUCUUUAAUAAUCUUUAUAAAAAGUAUUUACUUUAUUGAUGUGUACGUGUUGUUGGUGAAUUAAUUCCAUAAAUCUCUUCUUGGUUUAACUUAUUGGAUCAAAUAAUCUUCAGCAUAUACAUGUGACAGAAAGUUCAAAUACUUACGUUAAUGUAAACUUCCAUUUUUAGAAUCUGAUGAACAGAUGUUAAGUUUAAAUAGUUAUAUAUUCAUAUUAUUAUUUCCAUAAGUUACCAGCAAAUUAUUGCAAAAAGCCUGAAUCUGUACAAUUUUAUUUGAGCCAGAAACAACUGACAAUCUGAUACGUGUCAAAUGAUAAAUGUCCUUUUUUUCUGUACCCAUACUAUUAUGUCUACAAAUACUUUCUCAAGCUCUUCUUUUUAAGCAGUUUUUUAAAUGGCUCUAUGGUUCUAUUCAAGCUGUAUGUACAGACUGAAUGUGAAGUCAGCAUGAAAAGAUAAUGCAUGGUGAGAUGCUAUUGUUUUAUAGGAUAUAUUAUAUAUUUAUAUGUUUAGGCCAUGAAUGAAUGUAUCACAGAAUGUUUUUUGUGACACUUUACUUAAGCUGUAACAAAACUGACUCAUUUCAUGGGGAAAAAAAAAACCAUUGUUUUCUUUUAUGCAUGGGAGGGAACCAAGAAAAUUACUGCUUGCCCCAAAAAGACUUCUCUCUGUAUGUAUCUUUCAACAUGCUUCAGUUUUAUCAAUGCUACAUCUUGUAUUUUCAAGCAAGUAUAGACACUGCAAUAAAAAGAUGUAGGUUUUUAAAAAUGUUCUGAAUAGUUUGCCAAUAUGUAAAUACACCUGGAUAAAUACAUAAGGAAAAUCAAAAAACUAAAGCUAUUGAAACCCUACUGUGUUUAUACUCUAAGUCAACCAAACUUGUUAUAUGAAUGGAAAUCCAUUUCAUUAAUUCUGUAAAAUGACUAUUUUCCUUAUGUCUUAAUAAUUAAGCUACAAGACCACAA